UCUGUCAACUGACGUGCGGUUCUGUUGCAGCCUCUGAACCCUCCGGCGUGCGGCGGAUUUGGCUCCAAUGGGGAAGUCUCCGGCGAAGUGGAUCAAGUCCGUGCUCUUCGGGAAGAAGUCGUCGUCAAGGUCCGGCUCCACCAAGGCCAAGGACUUAUCGAAGGGUGCAAGCAACAAAGGGUAUGCUGGUAAGGAGCCUGCAUUCUCCGAGAGCUCUCCGGUUAUCUCGGAGCCUGUGCUUGUUAGCGCCCACAACAAUGAGGCCGUGCGGGAGGUGCCAAAGGGUGAGAAUUCCAGCGUGCAAGGUGAAGUUGCAGUGCCUGAUGUCAAUCAAGAUUUGGAGAAGCAUGACACUGUGGGUUCUGAUGCAUCCAAUGAUGCUGAGAGGUUGAGGGAAGAGCAAGCGGCUGUGAAGGCGCAAGCUGCGUUCCGUGGUUAUCUGGCACGCCGAGCAUUCCGUGCAUUGAAAGGGAUCAUAAGACUUCAGGCUCUGAUUCGGGGGCAUCUUGUAAGGAGGCAAGCUGUUUCAACUCUCCGGGCAACAUGGUUGAUUGUGAAUUUUCAAGCCCUGAUCCGUGGAAGGAAUGUCAGACUUUCUCAAGCUGCCAUUCAUGCCAGUCGGAAACUGACCCAACAGAACUUUGGGGGUGCUAAACCUGAUUUAUGGAAGGAGAAAUUAUCUUCAAAUGCUUUUGCUCGUAAGCUUCUAUCUUCACCAAUUGUGGUUGAAGCUCUUCACUUUCAGUAUGAUGAGAUGGACCCUAAUUCAGCCUUCAACUGGUUGGAGAGGUGGACCAUUAGUCAUGUCUGGAAGCCCAUUUCCCAACCAAAGAGAGUUGGCACUGAUGCGAAGCCACAUGCAAGGAAGGCCAGUUAUGCAAUGGAAACUGAGUCAGCGAAAUUAAAACGCAAUGCUAGGAAGAGCUCUGCAACACCAUUUGAGCCUUCACAAACAAAUACAACCACAGAAAUUGAGAAGACAAAACGGAUUCCAAGGAAAAUGAGUAGUGCUCCUGCUGAUUCAGUGCCUGAUGGACAGUUAACUGAACUUGAGAAGGUUAAACGUAGCCUUAGGAAGGUUACUAAUUCCAUGGCAGAAACCUCAAAGGUAUCUAAUCCAGCACCUGAGAUCCCUGAUGAUCAAGAGGUCCGAUGUGACAGACCACUAAGAAGUGCAAAGCAAGUUCCGGUUCACCCCGAGAGUCAAGAGCCCCAGAAUGUUAAUCUAUUGGAUAAUGCAAAGAUGGCUAUUCUGGUACCUGAUCUCCAGCCUGAUGAGGAAAUUGCUUCAGAUCCAGUCAUAAAUGAAGAAAAAGUUGAUGAACUGUCUGUUGUUACUCCACCAGCUGAAAUUAUGCCACUGCAAGACAUUAACAAUGAAGAAAAUGCUUUGGUGAAUGAUACGGAACAGAGGUCCAAAGAAGAACCUCUUUCUACUGAAAGCCUUAAAGGCAGCAAGAGGAGGUCUUCAUUCUCAACUAAGCCAGAAUAUCCUGAAAAUGGUUCCAAAAAUUCUCCAGCUCUGCCCAGCUACAUGGCUGCAACACAAUCUGCAAAGGCGAAACUGCGGGGACAGAAUUCACCGAGACUCAGCUCUGAUUCAGCAGAGAAAAAUGGCUUCACUCGCCGUCACUCUCUUCCUUCCUCUACUAAUGGUAAGAUGGUUUCGCAUUCUCCACGUACACAAAGGCCAACCAAUGCUGGUGGAAAGGAUGGAGCGAAGGGUGACAAGGCUAUGCUGUCAUCAAGAGAUGCAAGUGAGAGACCCCUGAAAGCUGAGUGGAGACGUUGAAGAGGCGCACCAAACUGUGAAAUCCCCAUUUGAUCAGCGCAACCGUUUGGUUGGAAGGUGUCUGCAGUUUGCUCAGAUUGUUUUGCUUGUGAUGUAAAAAAGAUGUUCUCAUCAUCCCGCGACGAUGGCUUUGUUGUCCUGAACGCCUGAACCUGCUGCAAGUUGUGACUUAUUUAUAGGGUUUUCCGUCCAGCCUUUUGUGAUGUAUAGCUGAAGUGUCUUCCCAGUUUGUUUUUUGGUCCCGAGGACAUACCCCCUUCCUGCUUGUUGAGAGAGCUGCUGAUGUUAGAGAGAAUCGGAACCUGUAUGGAUCGAGUUGAACAAUCUCAGUCCCGUCUGGGCAUCCUGGGCUGCGUUUUGACUGACGGUUGUGUGCCAUCCAUGAUUUGAUGUCCUUGAUUGCUACUUACAGUAUUUGCUAGUA